UAAACAUUGAAAAAUGCGAUGCGAAAUUUUUUGAUAACAUGUACACGUUAUAAACAGUAUAAUUUUGAAGAUAAAUUAGAAUAACAUAGUUACGCGAUCUUGACUGAGAGAACUAUAGUCCAGUCUGUGUCAAUAUUUGCAGUCGUGACAAGCUGAUCCUGUGAUGCAUACAAAAUGCUUCGUCUAUUGACAAACAAGUUCUGUAAAUGGGGUUUCAGAAAUAAUCGAACAAUCACUACAUAUAAUGGAAAAAAUGAGAUGAAGAACAUUGAUAUACCCAGUAAUGCAGAUGUUGUAGUAAUAGGUGGUGGCAGUGCUGGUUGUAACGCGCUUUAUCAGUUAGGAAAACGGGGUAUCAAUGCUGUACUCUUGGAUAAAUCUAAACUUAUAUCUGGCACAACAUGGCAUACAGCAGGUCUUGUGUGGUGUUUACGCGGAGUAAACGAUAUAGAAACAGAGAUGUUAAAAGGUUCAAGAUUACUUUAUGCAUCCUUGCAAGAAGAAACGGAUAUAAAUCCAGGAUGGAUAAAUAACGGUGGACUUCUUAUCGCUCAAUCUCCCGCACGAGUGGCCGAAUACGAAAGAUUAGUUACUAGUUGUAAAAAUUUUGGUAUUGAUGCAUACUUGAUUGAUCCGGCGGAAACCAAGAAGAAGUUUCCUCUUUUAGAUGAGAAUGCAUUUCUAGCUGCGAUAUAUUCUCCAGCAGAUGGUACUAUAGACCCUGCCAUGUUAAUAAAUGCAUUGACAAAGUCAGCAGAGAAAAACGGUUGCAAGAUUAUCGAGGAUUGUCCAGUGACUAAAAUUCUCACAGAGGAUAACGAUGGUCACAAAAUUAUUCGUGGGGUAGAAACGCCGUACGGUAUUAUAAAAACCAAUGUCGUAUUAAACGCUGCUGGAGUAUGGUCCGGGACGAUAGCGCAAAUGGUAGGAUUGAGUAUUCCAUUGACACCAAUGAAACAUGCAUAUAUCGUCACUGAGCCGAUGAACGUCCAAGGAUUGCCAAACAUCCGAGAUCCCGAUCGCAGUAUCUACUUUCGAGUGCAAGGUGGGACUCUGAGCAUCGGAGGUUACGAAUCGAAUCCUAUCAUAUUGAAAUUAGCACCAGAAGACUUCUCCUUCAGUUUAUACGAACUGAAUUGGGAUGUAUUCAAUGCACAUGUAGAAGCGAUGAACGAAUUGAUACCCAUUUUGGCAACCACAGGAAUAAGGACAACAGUGUGCGGUCCAGAAAGUUUUACUCCUGACCAUAAACCUAUCAUGGGUGAAGACCCACGUUGCACAGGUUUUUAUUACUCCUGUGGAUACAAUAGCGCCGGAAUGAUGUUCGGAGGUGGUUGUGGAGAGCAAGCGGCAUUAUGGAUAAUUAAUGGACGACCGGAUAAAUACAUGUUCAGUCACGAUAUUAGACGAUUUAUACCAGAACAAAGAAAAAACUUAGCUUGGAUUACAGAACGAAGUCAAGAAGCUUAUGCAAAAAAUUAUGAGAUUAUCUAUCCACACGACGAACGUUUAAGUGGUAGAAAUUUAAAGAUAGACCCUUUCCAUAAUUUACUCAUCAAUGAAGGCGCGGUCAUGGAAGAACGACAAGGAUGGGAACGUCCAGGAUGGUUCUUAUUAAAUAAUAAAACAGCCGCAGCUUUGCCUUAUGAUUAUGGCGGCUGUUAUGAUACACCAAAAAAUACGAAUGAUAUAUAUGCCGAUGUGUUAAAAACAGAAUAUACAUUUGAUUUUCCACCACAUGAUAAUAUCAUACGGGAGGAAGCGCUUUCAUGCAGAAAUAACGUUGCCUUAUUUAAUCUGUCAUAUUUUGGAAAAUUUUACAUAUGCGGUCCGGAAGCAAGAAAGGCGGCAGAUUAUAUAUUUACAUCUCAAGUAGAUCGAGAAAUCAAUAAAACUGUUUAUACUUGUAUGUUAAAUGAAAAGGGAGGUGUAGAGGGGGAUUGCACAGUCACUGGUCUAGAGUCCGGCUUGGGUGGUGUAGUUGAUCCCAUAUUUAAAGGAAAAGCAUUUUACAUCGUAUCUGCAGGCAUGUCAUCAUAUCAUAUCUGGGCACAUAUCAACAAAAUAGUCAGAGAAAAAGAUUUCAAUGUGUCUGUACAUAAUGUCACAGAACAGAUAGGAAUUUUGUCAGUUCAAGGUCCUAAUAGCUGUCAAGUUCUUCAAAUGUUAAUCAAAGAUGAUCUCUCAAACAAAUCAUUUCCACGUUGCACUUCAAAAUUGGCACGAAUAAAUGGUGAACUAGUGCAUAUGUUUAGACUUAGUUUUGUGGGUGAAUUUGGCUAUGAAUUACAUAUUCCAAAAAGUUCAUGUGAAAAGGUUUACAAGGCUUUAAUGGAAUGUGGUAAAAAAUAUGAUAUGAAAUUAGCUGGUUACAGAGCACUCUACAGUUUGAGUUGUGAAAAAGGAAAUCAUCUUUGGGGUACAGACUUAAGAUCAGAUGAUAAUCCAAUAGAAGCGGGUUUAGAAGCUGCCUGCCGCAAAAAUGGCAAGUACUUAGGUAAAGCAUCUGUUGAUUGGGCUCGUAAAAAUGGAGUCAAAAAAAGAAUGGUCCAUUUACAUAUAAAUGAUGAUAUACCAUUGUGGGGUUUGGAAAAUGUUUAUAGAAAUAAUCAAUUAGUUGGUUAUCUAAGAAGAGCUGAACAUGGAUAUACUUUUAAAAGUAGUAUUGGACAGGCAUAUAUUACAGCACCAAAUGGACAAAAUAUUACAAAGGAAUUUUUAGAAACAGGUACUUACCAGAUUGAAGCAAUGAGAAAAAAGUAUCCUGCAAGAAUGUAUCUUCGAAGUCCAUUUGAUCCACAGAAUAAGAGAACAUUAGGUAUAUAUACAAUAUAAAAAUACUUGGCAGCAUUAUUUCUUGUAAUAAGUUAUAAGU